GGUUGCAGGAUAAUAGCAUGGAGAUGCGAAACAGAGUAGCAAACCCCAUGGAAUGGCUAGAUAUUUAACAGGAGAAAACAGAGGCCAGUUAGUUGAGUAACCGACCGCGGUUGAAAACCCACCACCGCCCUCUUCUCCGCCUGAAAACUGCCAGUUUUCCAUUUUCCUCCUCCAUAAACCCACCACAUUUCCUCCUCCACUCUCACACAAUUCUUGAUUCUUCUCCAUUAAUCACUAAUCAUGAUCGCCGAAUCAAUGCUUCUCAAUCCCACGGCCCAGAUUCUCCCCUGGGACUCCCUUGAAGAUCCCGCCGCCUAUUUCGCCAGCAAUCCCUACGCCUCCAACUCCAAUGCCGCCGGCCACGCCCCGUCUCCCGACUCGCCGGCGGAGUUCGAGUUCUUUUCCGACGAAGAUUCGCCGGUGGCGGUGGCGGACGCGUUCUCGUGUGACCAUUUUCGGAUGUUCGACUUCAAAGUCCGCACGUGCGCGCGUGGGAGGUCGCACGAUUGGACCAAAUGUCCGUACGCGCAUCCCGGCGAGAAGGCGCGCCGCCGAGAUCCGAGGAAGUUCCGCUACUCCGGCGCCGAGUGCCCGGACUUACGGCAGGGGUUCUGCAAAAAGGGGGACACGUGCGAGUUCGCCCACGGCGUGUUCGAGAGUUGGCUCCACCCGGACCGGUACCGGACUCAGGCGUGCCGCGACGGCAUGGCCUGCCGCCGGCGCGUCUGCUUCUUCGCCCACUCGUCGGAGCAACUCCGCAUUCCGUCGAAACAGAGCAUCCGCUCUCCUCUGGCCAGGGGAAAGGGAAUCGCCGCUAUAUCAUCGCCGACUUCCAUCCUGAUUUCACCGACGGAGUCGCCGCCGAUGUCUCCGACGACCGGCGGCGAGUCGUUGAGGAGAUUAGCGGCACUGAUGCAGAAUCUUCAGGUGGACGAUCUGAAAUUGAGUCCUCCGGCGGCGGGCUUGGGUUGUCCCCGGGUUUCAUGUCUCCGAUGGGAGAGAAGUUACGAGGAAGAGCCGGCAAUGGAGAGAGUGGAAUCAGGGAGAAAUCUGCGAACCCUAAUGUACGCAAAAUUGAUGAGAGAAAAUUCGGUGGAGCAAUUGCGGCCGCUCAUAUCAGCCGCGUCUUGGAGCUAAUUGUCACAACGAAGAAGAAGAAGAAGAAGAAGAAACAAUUUCACACUCUGUGAAUUAAUUGUAAUUUUAAUUUUUGUUUUAUUUGGUUUGUGAAAAUUUUCUGUAAAUGGGUUAAUGUUAAUAUGUGGAGCGAGUCCAUUCCCCAUGUGUACAGAAACGGAAGGGAAUUAAUAAAUUUGUUCUUCUAACAUUUCCAAACUA